GGAAAAAACAUUAUCCUUUUCAGAGCGUUUUGAGCCAUGAAGAGGAGCUGCACAGAACAUAUAAUGGUUGUGGAUGUCGUAGAAGGCGAAGAGUUUUAAGGGACUUAGUUGUUAGAUCUGAACUUGCAGAUGCCGGAACUGCUGGAGCUUCAUAUCCAUCAUCGGAAAUUUGGUUCAAUUCAAAGCUAAGAGGAAUUUGCUUCUAUAUUGUAACAUCUCUUGCUGCCAUCACUUUAUUCGUGCCAAUGGUUCUACAGCAUCCACUUGUCCUAAUGUUUGAUCGAUAUAGAAGAAAAGCCCAGUAUCUUAUAGCUAAAGGCUGGGCCUUUUUGACGGUGUCUCCUUUCUUCAAGAUUGAGUACGAGGGAUUGGAAAAUCUCCCUCGAACUGAUACCCCUGCCAUGUAUGUGUCCAACCACCAAAGCUUUUUAGACAUACAUACUCUUCUGACCCUGGGGAUAAGCUUUAAAUUCAUUAGCAAGACAUCAAUUUUUCUUUAUCCAAUUAUUGGAUGGGCUAUGUUUCUACUGGGUGUCAUCCCUUUAAAGCGCACAGACAGCAGAGGCCAAUUGGAAUGCCUUAAGCAGUGCAUUUCCCUGAUCAAGAAGGGCCCAUCGGUCUUUUUCUUCCCAGAGGGCACUCGAAGUAGAGAUGGAAAAUUGGGUACUUUCAAGAAAGGAGCUUUUACUAUUGCUGCGAAGACGGGGGUACCUGUUGUUCCAAUUACUCUGAUUGGAACAGGCAAAAUCAUGCCUCCUGGAAUGGAACGAGAAGUGAAUCCAGGAUCUGUGAAAGUUAUCGUUCAUCCAUAUAUAGUAGGAAAUCAUCCGGAUGAACUCUGCAAGGAGGCUAGAAAUAUUAUUGCCCAGGACCUUAACAAUUUUGUUUCUGUCUCUAGAAAAUUAAGAUUUAGAGGAGCAUUGAGAUAGUAUGAGAUGAGAGCUUUUGCUCAUCCGCCAUCUGUUCCUUUGUAUUUACUGGUUUUAGCUGGAGUCAAGAAAUUAGUUCACUUUGUGAUAACGUAGGUCCUUCGUGGAACUGUCUCACACAGACUAGGAGUCGUCAAAUGGUAUGAUCUAAGCCCAUCCACAAUAGGAAUAGCCCAGCAAUAGCCCAGACAUAGCCUAGCCA